AUGUAUGUCCUGACUUGGAUCCUGUCGAAUUGGUCGGAUUUCUUCUUCACAACGCUGAUUGGAGAUCGAUCGAGAAAUCUGAGACAAAGAGAAGAUACCAAAGAGAACUCGAAUGGGGUGCUUACACACAGUUACGCGGAUAAACAGCGGUACGAUGGAUGGUACAACAAUCUGGCCCAUCCGGAUUGGGGAUCGAUCGACAGCAGGCUGAUAAGGAAGAUGCCAGCGGCGUAUUCCGACGGGGUCUACAUGCUGGCUGGCCAGGACAGACCAUCCUCGAGGAGGCUCAGCCAGCUGUUCAUGCAGGGCGACGACGGUCUGCCAUCGGUAAAGAACAGGACAGCGUUGUUUGCUUUCUUCGGGCAGCUGGUCACGUCGGAAAUCAUCAUGGCCAGCGAAAGCGGCUGCCCCAUAGAGUACCAUCGGAUCGACGUAGAGAAAUGCGAUCCGGUGUUCGACAAGGAGUGCCAUGGUAACAAAUACAUCCCCUUUCGUCGCGCGGACUACGACCGCAGCACCGGGCACAGUCCGAACAGUCCCCGCGAACAGAUAAACAAAGUGACGAGCUGGAUCGACGGAAGUUUCGUCUACUCGAGCAGCGAGGCGUGGGCGAACACGAUGAGGUCCUUCAGGAACGGCAGCCUUUUAAUGGAACCGACCAGGAAGUUCCCUGUCAGGAACACGAUGCGCGCACCGUUGUUCAAUCACGCGGUACCCCAUGUGAUGAGGAUGCUGAGCCCUGAACGUCUCUAUCUACUCGGGGAUCCGAGAACGAACCAGCAUCCGCCGCUUUUGGCACUGGGGAUUUUGUUUUAUCGAUGGCACAACGUUAUCGCCGCUCGGAUACAACAGGAACACCCGGACAUGACCGACGAGGAUUUGUUCCAGAAGGCGCGACGCAUUGUUGUGGGAACGCUUCAGAACAUUAUAUUGUACGAAUACUUGCCGAUGAUGCUGAACGAGGAACCGCCACGUUAUUCGGGCUACAAGCCGGACCUUCAUCCGGGGAUCAGUCACAUAUUCCAAAGCGCUGCUUUUCGUUUUGGUCAUACCCUAAUACCGCCCGGUAUAUACCGUCGCGAUGAAAAUUGCCAGUUUAGGAGAACCAAUACCGAUCAACCGGCGAUCAGACUUUGUUCCACAUGGUGGGACUCGAACGAAGUUCUGACAAACAGCACGAUCGAGGAGCUCAUCAUGGGUCUCGUAUCCCAGAUAGCCGAGAAAGAGGACAAUCUCCUCGGGCCGGACGUUCGGAAUAAUCUCUUCGGACCGAUGGAGUUUUCCCGUCGAGAUUUAGGAGCGUUGAACAUUAUGCGCGGAAGGGACAACGGGCUUCCCGAUUACAACACCGCUCGGGCACAAUUCAAGUUACCACGGAGAAAAACAUGGAACGAAAUUAAUCCAGAACUAUUCAACAAGAAUCCAUCGUUGCUGCGCACCCUGGUGGAAAUACACUCGAACAAUCUGAACAACGUCGACGUGUACGUCGGCGGGAUGUUGGAGUCCAGCGCAGGCCCCGGUGAACUGUUCUCCGCGGUGAUCAAGGAACAGUUUCUUCGUUUGAGGGAUUCGGAUAGAUUCUGGUUCGAGAACGAGGAGAACGGAAUUUUCACCAAAAGCGAGAUCGAGGACAUACGUCGUGUUACCAUGUGGGACGUGAUAGUCAAUGCGACUACGAUCCCACCGGAUGCUGUACAGAGAGGAGUGUUUGUAUGGGUGAAAGGAGAUCCUUGUCCUCAACCGUAUCAGCUGAACUCAACGAUGCUGGAACCAUGCGUUCCGUUGCAACGUUACGACUAUUUCGAGGGGAGCGAGUUGGUGUACAUAUACGCUUGUGUGUUCCUUGGCUUUGUGCCGAUUCUGUGCGCCGGUGCUGGUUACGGUCUGGUGAAAUUGCAAAAUCGACGUCGCAGACGUCUGAAGAUCCUCCAGGAGGAGAUCCAGAAGCGAAACGACGGGAAGAUUUGCGUGGACAAGAUGGUCGUGCGCGAGUGGCUGCACGCGAACCACCGUCGUCUGGUCAAGGUGAAAUUCGGCCCGGAGGCAGCGCUUCACAUCGUCGACCGGAAGGGGGAGAAACUGCGCACCUUCGAUUUCAGCGACGUGAACACCGUGACCAUGGAAGAGUCUCAGGAGAAUGAGAAUGGUCAUCGCAAGGCGUUGGUACUGCUUCGUAUACCGCGGGACUACGCGUCCCACAAGAAGCACUUCACGCUGUCCCAAGUGAGCCGGGACAUUAUGCUUGCGAAAGCGGAAACCAAGGAACGCCGUCAAAAGAAACUCGAGCAGUUCUUCAGGGAGGCGUACGCGCUCACAUUCGGCCUACGACCCGGCGAACGUCGACGCCGUUCGGAUGACAGCGACAGCGGGGAAGUGGUCACCGUGAUGCGGACCUCGCUCUCUAAAAGCGAGUUCGCGAGCGCCCUUGGUAUGCGGGCGGAUGCUGUAUUCGUGAAGAAAAUGUUCAACAUCGUCGAUAAAGAUAGGGACGGUCGGAUCUCCUUCCAGGAGUUCCUAGACACUGUACUAUUGUUCUCGCGAGGCAAGACAGAGGACAAAUUGAGGAUUAUCUUCGACAUGUGCGACAAGGAUAGUAAUGGUGUAAUAGACAAGGAGGAGCUGUCGGAAAUGCUUAGAUCGCUGGUGGAAAUCGCGCGAACCACCAGUCUAUCCGAUGACCACGUUACCGAACUGAUAGACGGAAUGUUCCAAGACGCGGGCCUCGAACGAAAGGAUUACCUCACGUACAACGAUUUCAAGCUGAUGAUGAAAGAGUACAAGGGCGAUUUCGUCGCGAUCGGGCUCGAUUGCAAAGGCGCGAAACAGAACUUCCUGGACACUUCCACGAAUGUGGCGCGCAUGACCAGUUUCCAUAUCGACCAACUUCCGUCCGAGGACACGAAGAGCUGGGCGCGAAAACAGUGGGACGCUAUGUCGACAUUCCUCGAGGAAAACCGACAGAAUAUAUUCUACUUGUUCGUUUUCUAUGUUACAACGAUCGCCCUGUUCGUCGAGAGAUUUAUAUAUUACUCUUUCAUGGCCGAGCACACGGAUCUGAGGCACAUCAUGGGUGUCGGAAUCGCCAUAACCAGAGGGUCAGCGGCUGCGUUGUCGUUUUGCUAUAGCCUGCUGCUAUUAACCAUGUCCCGUAAUCUUCUGACGAAAUUGAAAGAAUUCUCGAUUCAGCAGUACAUCCCCCUGGACUCUCACAUACAGUUUCACAAAAUCGCGGCUUGCACCGCUUUGUUUUUCUCGGUUCUCCACACUGUGGGCCAUAUGGUGAACUUCUACCAUGUCUCCACCCAACCGCUGGCUCAUCUUCGUUGCUUGACAAGCGAACUCAGCUUUCCCAGCGAUGCUCGUUUGACCAUUUCGUUCUGGCUCUUCAGAACCGUAACAGGUUUAACCGGAAUUCUACUGUUCAUCGUCAUGACGAUAAUUUUUGUCUUCGCCCAUCCGAUGAUUCGACAGAAGGCGUACAAAUUCUUCUGGUCGACUCACAGUCUCUACGUGGUAUUGUACGCGCUCUGUCUGAUUCACGGACUGGCUCGGUUGACCGGCUCCCCGCGUUUCUGGAUUUUCUUUGUCGGCCCGGCCAUCAUUUACGCUCUUGAUAAGGUGGUCAGCCUUCGGACGAAAUACAUGGCGUUAGACAUCAUCGAGACGGAAUUAUUGCCAUCGGACGUGAUAAAGAUCAAGUUCUACAGGCCGCCGAAUUUAAAGUACCUGUCCGGCCAGUGGGUCCGCCUUUCCUGCACCGCUUUCCGGUCGAACGAAUUCCAUUCGUUCACGUUGACCUCGGCGCCGCACGAAAACUUCCUGUCGUGUCACAUAAAAGCACAAGGUCCCUGGACCUGGAAGCUACGGAACUACUUCGAUCCCUGCAAUUACAAUCCCGAGGACGAGCAUCCGAAGAUAAGGAUCGAAGGGCCAUUCGGUGGUGGAAAUCAAGACUGGUACAAAUUCGAGGUCGCUGUGAUGGUCGGCGGUGGAAUCGGUGUCACCCCUUAUGCUUCUAUGCUCAAUGACCUCGUGUUUGGAACUUCUACCAAUAGAUAUUCCGGGGUUGCGUGUAAAAAGGUAUACUUCCUAUGGAUAUGCCCCUCGCACAAGCACUUCGAGUGGUUCAUCGACGUCCUACGAGACGUUGAGAGGAAGGAUGUCACGGACGUUUUAGAGAUUCACAUAUUUAUUACACAGUUUUUCCAUAAGUUCGAUUUACGCACGACUAUGCUGUACAUUUGCGAGAACCACUUCCAGAGAUUAUCCAAGAAGAGUAUAUUCACCGGACUGAAAGCGAUAAACCAUUUCGGCCGACCUGAUAUGACUUCGUUCUUAAAGUUCGUUCAGAAAAAGCAUAGCUAUGUCAGUAAGAUAGGAGUGUUUAGUUGUGGACCACGCCCCUUAACGAAGAGCGUGAUGUCGUCUUGCGACGAAGUGAACAAAGGCCGUCGUCUGCCUUACUUCAUUCAUCAUUUCGAGAACUUCGGCUAG